ACAACUUUCUCAUGCAAACUAAAGCCUAUUAUACUACUAGUCGAUCGCGGCAAUCUUGUCAUCGUGAGUUUUAUACAACAUUUCAAAAUACACAACACACUCGACGUGUAAGUAGUGCACCUCAAACCUCCAUCAAACAUGUUUUCUAAGAAGACACCAUUAGUUGAGCCAAAAGCCAGUCUCCUGACAGAGGAUGAGAAACGAGAAUUCAGAGGCAUUGACUUUCCUUUCGAGAACCUAGCCCUGGAGGGAGGUGGGGGUAAAGGCGUGGCAUGCAUUGGAGUCAUACGGGUACUUGAGGAAUUGGAUCUGAUGAAGAACAUCAAACGAUUUGCAGGUAGCAGUGCUGGAAGUACCACUGCUAUGUGUUUAGCUUUGGGAUGCGACUCGUACGAAUGCCAGAAUAUCUCGGACCAAUUAUCAUCGCAUUUAGUUUUUGAUGGUAGUGCUAUAAAGCUGUUGCAACUGGCAAAUCUUGUCCGUAAACUGGGCGUUAAUCCAGGAGACAGGCUGUUAAACUGGAACGCGAACAAUGUGCGCUGCAAGACCGGCAACGAGAACUAUACCUUUCGUCAGCUUUAUAGAGACACCGGUUUGGAGCUGUGCGUUGUAGCAGCCAAUUUGAAUAGGAUGGACACCGUUUACUUCCAUGUUAAGACAACACCAGAUAUGCCUAUCUACCUUGCUACCAGGGCUUCUUGCUCGAUCCCGGUUAUUUUGAGUCCGGUCAAGUAUCUGGAUAGCUUCAUUGUUGAUGGCGGUCUUUUGUGUAAUUAUCCGGUCCACGUUUUUGAUGGCUGGUAUUUAUCCAUGGACCCGAAGGAUAAUUACUUUGCUCGAUUUGGCGAUCUUACCAAUGCGAGUAAGAAAUGGGACAAGUCAGAACGCUUCGGAGAAGUGAACGACAAGACACUGGGAGUUCUUGUGUUCUCAACCAGCGAGCAGGACACGAUGAAAACGGUCCUUGACAAUAGGGUCGCCAAGUAUGGUGGGAAACCAGUCCCAACCCCAAGCACAAAACUUAGCAGGAAAAUGGCAAAGAAAAAUGAAAAAGUACAGAACUCAACGGGUGAUAUUAAAGAAGCAGUCAGCCGACUGAUGACAAUGUUGAACGGCGCUGAUGCCGAUAAGAGUGGUUCUAUUUCUAAAGAGGAGUUCAGGACAUCCUUCCAACAGAACAGAGGGAAAUUAACUGCUGAUGACAUACUGUUACUCUUCGAGUGUAAGGACAACCCAGAUGCUAUUUUUGACAUGAUCGACAGCGAUGGAAGUGGUGAGAUUGAGUACACAGAGCUUGUCCAACUAGGAGCCAGACGAGGAGUGGACUUACUGCAGAAUCUAAGUGGAUAUGAACGGCGUGAGAUCAAGGGUAUCACCGAGUUACUCGGGUCACUAGUCGAUACUUUGCUUCUCAAUGUGCAACGUGUAACGACAAGAAGUUCGGAUUUCUCUCGCACCAUUGGUAUCAACACGAGGUAUUUGGAGACUUUGGAUUUUGAUUUUGAGACAGCCGAUAAGACUUUUCUCAUGGAGUGUGGAAAGCAAGCAACUUUGAGCUUCCUGCGAGAGUACAUGGCUACCAGCAAACAACCCAAGGAAGGUUAGAGAGAGAGACCAACGAAUUACGCAAACACCCAAGACCAAGGUAAUAACGGACCAAUCACACGUGAGAAACGGCAACAGUAAUCGACCAAGGCAUGCUGGGGAAAAAAUGGCGCGGUGAGAUCGGUCACCCCUGGGAACGAGGUUGACGCCAACUCCCUUCCAAAUGCACCUUUGACCUUUCACUUGUUUCACCGUGGAGAUACGCAGUCAAAUCCUCUACUCGUUAAUAAAACACCAUUACAUGCAGGUACAAGCCUAGAGCAAGGACCAGGCAAGGAAAAGUUGGUCCUUGCUCUGUUGGUCCUUGCUCUGUGGUACAUGUACGUCAUAAUUACAGUUUAUACCGCAUGCAGACGACUCAAAGUACCGUCUGACAAACAUCAGUUGGGACCAAUCAAAUCACAGAACAAGGGGAAGCUUACGUCAAAAAAAUAUUUGUUUGGACCAAUCAAAUAACAGUUAUGCAAAGCUUACGUCAUACAUUCAUUUCUACUAACCGAUCAAAUUACAUUAAUGGUAAGCUUACGUCCUACAAACAUCACUUCGGACCAAUCAAAUCACAGUAAUGGGAAGCUUACGUCAUACAUUCAUUUCUAUUAACCAAUCAAAUUACAGUAAUGGUAAGCUUACGUCAUUGUACUUUUAUCCAAUGAAAUCAUUUUAAUGAAAUUAUUUGUAUUCUCUUCAAAAUGAGAAGCAAUAUUAUUGUUUUCAGUUACGAAGGGUGCGUGGUUAUACGCGUUUAAUAACUUUUGGCUUGCCAUAUUUAAAAUGGAAUUAUGUCGAAAAAAAUUAUGUAUAUUAUGUGUAAUAUCUGGUUUGCGGUAAUACCAUGUUUGUAUCUACUUGCUAGGUAGAGUUUUAUUUUCUAAAGAACUGUCUUUCUUCAUUCUACCAUCGCGGAUAUCGGAUUGUUCGGGAGACUUCUCAGUUCUAAACAGAACUGUCCUGCGUUUUAUAAACUACUCCGGACGGAUAAGAAAUAGAAAGUUGGCUGGGUCUACAAUUUUAGCUUAUAGGGUCGUUAUAUUUUACGGAAUGAGUUCUUAAAUUGGUCUCCUGUGACGUUUGUUCGACUAGCUUGCUCUUGUCAUCGUCAAGAGAUCGAAGAGAUAUUAUAUAAAGUGUGUUUUAAGCAUCGAAAACGGAUUACAAGUCUCUUAAGAAGAAAAAUAAUAUUAUAAUAGUUUAUUCAUAAAUUUUAACAAGAUGCGUUAAUAUUAUUUACUAGUAUCGGCUGGGGAAACAUGUUCCUUUAAAAUAUUGUUUUAAAACUAUUUAGUUGUAAUAGUUCAAUCUGUCCCCCUUGUAGCGACAGAAAAUCCUACGGCAAUUGCUCGUGGCAAUUUGAAAUGUGAAUUGACGUAAAAGCAACGACAAGAUGCACAAUUUACUGAGAGCCCUUUUUGUGUUUCAAGUUGUAUUUUGUAGCAAACAUGUGACGUAGUUUCUUUCGGUAGAGUAAGCUGGCGCCCGAAGCAGUUUCCAUUCAGGGAAUAAAUACUGCUUCAUAUAGUUUGUUUACAAAAUUAAUUUAUUUAACUUCCUCGGAUAAUAUUGAGUUCAAUUUUAUUAUUGUGGUUUUACUACUCUAAUCUUUCGUCUGUUACGCGUAAUACAUGUUUACGCUAACACCUUGUGUGUGUGUUAAACGUAGUGGUUCUCUGUCUCUGUCAAAAAAAAUAAUAUUUAUUUUCACUUGUGCAAAGUAAAUUGGGUUUAUGCCUUUAUUCGGCAAUAAAAAUUUGAAAAUGCACUUGAUCCAAAACCUUUUUGUUUAAUUUCUGAAAAUUUGCCUUGAUUUUAACAUGUGGAGGAAAAUACAUUGAUUUGGGUUUACUUGAAUUGAUCCUUUUAAAAGUGUGUAUAAGCACUGUAUCAGAACGUUCCUGAGUUCGGUGACAAAAAUACUAAAUUACAGGGAAGGUACACGUUUUGUAAU